CGCGGCGGGGGAGGAGGAGGCGGCGGGGAGGGGGCGGGCAAGAGCGCGAAGCAAGUGCAAGUGCUCGAGGGGCACGAAGGGGGCCGCGGCGGAGGGGGAGGGGGGCUGGACCGAGGGAGCGUGGUCUACCGGAGCGAGGGCAAAGGCCUGAAGGCCUCCAGGAAGAGCAAGGAGAAGGACAUCAGGCGGCAUUCCUUCAACGGACACAAGAGCGCCGAGCACAAGGGCAGCAGAAAGUCCAGAGGAAAUGACGGCGGGAACGGGCGACACAUCAAAGCGGAAACGGUGGUCGCGGGUCGAGACUCAACCAGAGCGGCAAUGACAUCUUACAAUCCCGCCAAAAUCGCCGUCACCAGUUACCUUCACAAUCAAAGUGCUAUCAGCUUGAAACAGUCGCAGGCGCAAGGUCAGGAGCCCUCGAAGAAGAGCAAGUCGCGGGGUUCUCUGUCGCCGGGGGCGUCGCCACCGCCCGGGGCCCCGGUGCGGGACGCGGCGAGCCUCAAGUCGAUCAAGUACGGGCCGGGGCAUGAGAAGUACCCCUCGUGGCCGGCGGCGCAGGGUGACUUCCACGCGGAGGGCGCGCCCGGCAGCGGCCCCAACGCCGCUGCAGCCCCCCAGACCGGCUCGUCCCGCUCCAAGUCCUGGGCCGACCAGACCCACUACCCCAAGGAGAAGCCGGCCGCUCUCGCCCGCCCUUACAACAAGCGCUCCAACGCCUCUUUCACCCAACAGUUGAAGACGGUGAUGGAGCGGUGCGAGAAGAUUUCGCCAGAGACGUUCGAGUGCCGCGGUCCGAUGGGGCCGCCGGGCGGUGGCGGAGCCGGGGCGCGGAAGACGCCGGAGGUGUUCCUGCCGCCGGUGGACAGGGACGGAAAACCCCUGGGGACGGAGGAGUACUCGGUCCCUUCCCCGCCCGAACGGGACGUCUCCCUGUCCCUCAUGGCCGAGCCGCAACUCACCGAAGCAGAUCUCGAGGAAUACGCCCGCACCUACCACGACUCCUCUCACUCACAGAUUGAAAGUGACUAUUCGAGUUGUUAUGAAGAUGUGGAUAUUAGCCAGAGUCAUCUCACCAGAGCUGAGCUUGAACAGUAUACGCGAGAUUGUGAGGGGAGACCCACUCAUGUACAUCAGCCCUCCUAUGCCCAGUCGGAAGGAUACCAUAGCUACGUUUCCAGCACAGACUCCACCACAACUCCUUUCCUUGAUAGGUUAAGAUGUGACAAUGAAGCUGUAGUUGGAAUGAACGAAACCAGGGCUGGAAGAGACUCAAGUGCCAGUUCAGGGUCUUCAAGUGAAACACUGAAGUGGCAUGGAUCCCUUAGUGACGUAUCUGUGAGCGGUAGCUCAUGCGGUGGUCACCAACAACUGAUAGCGCACAGUGCCAAAGUUCAAACGCCUCAGAGGCAUCACUCGGAAUCAGUUCUGUAUUUGGGACAAGCAAAUGCUGCAUGGCAGUCGAAUGUUCAGAGAAAUAAUCAAAUCAACAGUCAAAUGAGGAAAUUGUUUCCUGUGAGCACGUAUACAGUUCAACCCUCAGAAGCAGUUUCUCCAAGAUCCCAACCUAGUUUGAGUGUUGCUGAACGAAUCACAAGGCUUGAGCGUCAGCAGCCACAACAACAACAGCAAGCGGCACAGUCAGCACGCUACUCGUUCCUAGAUCCAGAUAAAAGACACAAGGUUCCAGAUAAUUCCCUCAAAGCAAUCCAGAAAAAAGCCCUUCUCUCAUUCUACGAGCGGCAUCAUUCUACAUGGCGCUCAGAGCCGCAGCUUUCCCCAACAUCAGCUCCCCCACCACAACCACCGCCUAGACCAAGGAAUCUGAAUUUACCGUCUAGACGCUCCUCACUUGCCGACAGUGCCAGUGGAUAUUGGAAAGAGAGCGAAGAUGAUAAUGGAGGCCUUAGUCCAGAAAGUCAUCAUUUCAAGGAAAAUCCAAGGCACCAACACAGCUCUAGUUGCGGCUCUUUAUCUACUGUGGUUUUGGGUCCCCUCAUUAUGGGCCCUUCAAUCUCCGUUGAUGACUGGGUCCCCGAACGACCACCUAAGAAACCUCACUUACGUUCAAGCUUUCCUGGUUCACUGCCACAACGCACUCCUAGUCCUGACCUGCCCCCGCCUUCUCCCCCUCCCGUUGUUGAAGACGAAGUUUUUGACACAGAUGAACCGUUACCACCGCCACCUCCGGAAGCAGAGAAUCCUGCUUGGAAUGCUGAUAGAACUUGUGAUAGCCCUGCCCCACCAAUACUCCCUAAACGGACCAACAACUUCUGCGCUACAGAUCAAAAGAAAAGUGAAGUGGAAAGGUAUUAUGAAAAUCGUGACAAUUUACAACGACUAGCCAAUGACUCUUCCAUUAGUUUAGCAAAUCAAAUUUCGAAAAGUGAUGAAAGUCAAUUUUAUGAAAAUCCUGAUGAUGUAAAAUUGGUGGAAAAAUCAAGGAGUAGUCCACGCAAUGUCCAAGACGUGAACAGUGGAAGUAAAUUAUCAUCCAUUCUGGAAAGACGGAAACAGUUUGAACAAAUUGAAGAACACAGUUAUAGUAACUAUGCCAUCCUGAAUAGUUUAUCUCAGUCAUCUAAAAACUUACCAGGACCUCAAGUUCCUGUCGAGAGGAAGUCCUCUUUUUCAAGAAAUAGUAUUGCAAAUAGGAACAAUGGUGUGAAUAAAAGACUCUCAAACAAUAAUAGUGAUAUAGCAUUUACUAGUGAAGAUAUAGCUGCAGUGAAAGCGAAGGAAAACCUCGCAAGAAAAUCCAGUGUGAGGAGGGACGCAAUAUCUAAGAAGGCUAUGUUUCCUGCCAAAAAACCGGUUUAUCAAAGUGAAAGCUCCGUUUCGCGUCUCGCGAGUGCUGUCCAAAAACUCUCGACGAAUGGGACAGUGGAAUCGGCUUCGUUUCUGCCGAUCCAGAAACAUAUUGAACCAGAGCGGUCUGGUCACGGUUUAUCGCGGCCAACGAACAACCUGGGAUCAAGAGCUCCACACCUUCCUCCUACUUUGCCGGCCCAGUGUCCACCUACCCAGCAUCAAAUAAGUCAAUCAAAAGCCUCGUACCUGGCGUACCGGCGGGAACCCCGGGACCGCGAGCGAGGCCUCCCCAACUUCGAGGGCAGCUACAAGCGGACAUCUUCUCCCUCCAGAAUCAACGUCUCCAUCAACAACAAUAACAACAACUCGAUCGACAACCUCCCAGUGACGGAAGCCGAACCGGAGAAGGAAGAGGUGACGAUCCAGCUGAAGCCGCUGUCGGCGGUCAAGUGCCCAGAGGCGGCUCCGGUGCGGGGGGCGACGACGACGCCGACGCCGACGAGUCAGCUGGGGGUGGCGCCGGGGCCCGGGUCGGGGGUGACGGGGGGCGCGCCCCUGCCGGAGCACUCGCAGACGCUGCCCAAGUACGCGGAGAGCGGCUGCCGGCGCGUGGCGAGGACGCCGCGGACCCAGUCGGACCCCUCGACGACGCGCAACGUCCAGUCGCAGUCGACGUCGAGCCUCUCCAAGUCGGUGUCGGCCUCCGCCUCGGACGACCUCCCUCCCCCUCCGCCUCGGCCGCAGCCUCCCUCGAGCCCCUCCCCACGCUCGCCCUCCAGUCGCAGCAGACCAAAGGUGAAGCAGAGCUUAACUCAGUGCCUCAAAAAACUUGUACAGAAACGCAAUGCAAUCUCGAGUCAGAAUCUGAAAGUAGUUUAGCCGAAUGUAUCAGUGAGCCAUUGAAACUGGUCCAGCGAUCAGAAGUCAUUCUUAGGAUUAACUCAUCGACUAGCGAUGCUGCAUCACAAACGGAGUCCUCCGCGCGGACGCCAUCACCUAACUCUCGAACUGAAUCAACAUCUCCUCCACUUCUUCGGCCGAAAAAGCAAGAAGAAUUGGAAUGCGAGCAGUUGUCCCGAGAUCUUGUCAGUCAGUUACCUGUCUCGGAUAAAUUGCAUGGUAUUUUAGGAAGUGAGAAAUCAUCAGCUCCUGGUCCAGAUGUCAAGAAAUCCACAGAUUAUGUGUCAGGAUUAUUCAAACUUGAUAUUGUGCCACGGUCUCGUUCAUCCAUUGCAAUAGCAGAGCAGUCUUUACCAGCAGAACAGGAUAAAAUUUCUCUUCCUGAUUCCCAAGAAAAUGUUCUACCUGCCAAUUCAACUUACUUUACAACGUCAGAGUGUAAAGCUAAGUUAAUAAAUCUUUGCAGUCAAACUCAAUCAGAGCAAGAAAAUGUGCUUGGAAACCUGCAUCAGAAAAAGGCUGAACUAGUUUCAAGGUUAGACAGGAAGUUAAAUGUACUACGUGAAGAAGCUCUUGCUGUUGCCGAGGAAGGCAAAAUGAACGAUUUAUUAGGUGAAAACGUUAGCAAGCGAGUCAACAGCCUUGCUCGGCCCCAUGAAUCUGCCAAGUUCAAGUUGCACGUGCAAGAAAUUGGCCACAUUACUAGUCUUCUAUUAGGUUUAUCUGGGCGAUUGGCACGUGCAGAAAAUGCUCUACUUAGUUUACCAACGGAUCAUAGUGAUAGAAAAACUUUGGAAGAAAAGCGUGAUAAGCUACUAGGUCAACUCGAAGAGGCAAAACUACUGAAAGAAAAUAUAGACAAACGAAGUACGAGUGUCUCUGCUAUGUUAUACCGAUAUCUCUCGGCAGAGGAGUAUGCAGACUAUGAUCACUUCAUCAAUAUGAAAGCAAAAUUACUAAUCGACUCCAGGGAAAUCAACGAUAAGAUUCAGUUGGGCGAAGAGCAGCUUCUAGCAUUAAAAGAAACGCUCAACGAGUCACCAACUUGAAGGCAGUUCUUGUCGUCAGCUAUCUUUGAACUCAGUCUUUGUGAACAAGCUUCCCAUGAUGGGAAUAGUGUGGACAAGUGAUCCAGUGAUAAAACGAAUUUUAACUAAGUGCAUAAAAUUGAUGAGUGUUCCAUUAGUAGUACUGUAUCAUGUUGGUGAUGCUGAAAGGAUUUGUUUUUCAACAACUCAGAAUCUUGUCUAUUCAGAGUGGUUUUUUUUUUUAAUUUUUCCUAACCAGCAAAA